CAAUCAAAACGAGGGACAGACACGUUUUUAGGUCUAUAUACAUAUUUGUGCGCGAGUCGUGUUGAAACUUUUAUCAGGAGUUUUCCCGGGUCUGUAACGGAAAUACCCUCCUGCACUCCAACGUGUUGCUUGCUGAGUGACCGACAGCUGCAGGAAAAACAAUGGUUCGCGUGUGCUUAUCCGGGCUGUGAACGAAAAAUGAAAUGGUUCAACGCACGUUUUCACCGUCUGCCGUUAUCUAAACCGCACAUUUGACAACAAUGGCUGACUGGAUGCAGGUGUUUACAUCCAUUUCCAACGCAGACACUGAGGGAGCGUGACUAUCGCGUGUGCAGCCAGCAUUUUGAUUAUGCAGACGAUAGGCCUACUUUACAUGGAGAUGCAGCACCUCAAAGAAGCCGUCUGAAGAAGAACGCAGUCCCGAAAAGCAGCGUUGCUUUGGAUGUGUGUUUUGAAGUAUAGUAAUCAGGGGGUGAACGUAGUUUCAUGUCUUCAAAGGAAAGGAUUCAUGUGGAGUUGUAUUUCAAUGUCGGCCAAUGGCAGUGAUGCAUUUGAGUUAGUGUUAUUUAGUGGGUAGGCCUACUCCAAUAAUUUGGGGCUAAAUACUGGUAAAAUGACUGCACACUGGGUUUGUUAAGGAGGUAAAUGGUCUUGUUUUUCAUUGUAGGUGCUGUCUCUUCUUAGACCGCCCCUGGGAGGCAGUGUAGCGGGUGUCAAUCUACCCAUGUCGCACCACCCCUGGAACUAGGCCUAGGGUUCUACACAUGAUUUGAGAAACAUUUUACUCCUUUAGAACUACUACACACGCUUGUUUGUACACAGCAACAUAUAAAAAUAAGGUCACUGAAUUGCCGCCUUCGCACAUGGAGAAGGGAGGACUAUUUUCUUGCUGACGUGAGCCAUUGCUGAAUUAGAAAUAGUUCUACAAGCCGAAUUGCUACUGCUCCACAACAACUGAUAAGCUCAGGUGAAUCUUGCAAAGUGGAGAGAAGGGUUUCUGCAGCUGACUGACUUCAGAGUUAAGCUUUUUCGAGAUUCGAGUAGACAGUUCCCAGUGGAGUUUAGAACUAAAGAAUCAAAGCCCUUUUAGUCUUCAACAAUCUGUGAAGAAAUGGCGUUGUGUGCUGUCAAGUCUUGUGAAAACAAGUACAAGAGACACAGACAGUUGAUGUUUCACCGUAUACCACACCAGCCUGAGCGAAUGCAGCAAUGGAUAUCCGCCUGUGGCAUCAACCCAAGUACACCUGUGGAGAAAAUGGUUAAUUACAGAGUUUGCGAGGAGCAUUUCACCCCUGAGGACUAUAUGGAUGUCACGUUCUUUAUGAGGGGACCGACUCGAAAAUUGAAGGACACCGCAGUUCCAUCAAUUUUCAAACCUCAGACCGUGCCUGAUGCUGAGCCAUCCUCUCCUCAGUCGGUGUCCUCCUCAACUGGUCUGUCCUCUCCCGUCUCCACGCCAACCGUUACUGCCAGUGACGCUGAGAGCCGUCCAAGCCUCCCACUGACCACAGUGAAGGAGGGCAGAAGUACGUCAUUCCUCCGCUCUGAGAAUUUGCAGGAGGAGGUUACAGUUCAAGUGUCCUGUCUGCUGCAGCUGUUUGACAGGUGUUUGGGCUGCAGUGCGGGGUCGUGUAGUGUCUUGACACGGCGUGAUGGACGUGUUUUCCACGUGACACAACAGUGCUGGACCUGCCAAAUCAUUGUGGAAUGGAACAGUCACACAGCUGACUCGGGCACAGCCAACAAGCAACAGGAGGGAAGAGGAAAAGGUGGAGUGAUGGAGAUCAAGGAGGAGUGGGAGGAGAUCCAAGUCGAGGAGGAGGAGGAGGAGGAGGAGGAGGAGGAGCAGCAGCAGCUCAGAGAGGAGCAGCGCGGGGCAGGCAGAAGGAAGCAGAGGACCCCCCUGAAGGAGGAGGGAGGGGAGGAGGACUGGGCUCCGGAAGACGACCAGAUGCUUUCGGAAUCAGAACGCCCUUCCUCCUGUUCUGAGGAGUAUGAUGAUGAUGGUGUUGAUGAUGAAGAUUGGGAGCAGGAGCUGUGCUCGGACUGUGGAAAAAGGUUCCGGAAUCGACCGGACAAACCGCACGUCUGCCUCCACAAAGCCAAACCAGUGGAAUGCCACAUAUGUGGCAAAAGAUGCCUCAACAAACAGGGUCUCAGUGUCCACAUAGCCCACUGCCAUGAACGAGGACCCCAGUGCAAGUACUGCAACAUGAUACUCAGGGACACGGACGAAAAACUCCAUCACGAGGAGACGUCCCAUCGGGACGAGGAGGGCCCCAAGUUCCGCUGCGCUGACUGUUCCGAGCGUUUCCAUGACUACGAGAGCCGAGCCGCCCACCGGAAGACGGCGCAUCCCCCCAACACUACCUGCCCCUACUGCGACAGGAAGUUCAAGAAGGAAUGUCAUCUAAAGAGACACAAGCUGAUACACACGGGAAAGAAGCCCUUUGUCUGCAGGCUGUGCGAUCGAUCGUUCAGCCAGAGGGGUCACCUGAAGUCACACAUGCGCCUGCACACGGGAGAGAGACCCUUCAAGUGCCCGCAGUGUGAGAGGAGCUUCAACCACAACGUCAGCCUCAAGAACCACCUCCAGCGACACCACGGAGCCAAGACUGGCCCAGCUCAACAGGACCAACAGGAGGCUUCCGGAACGCAGCAGGAGGGUUCUAGAACUGACCAAAGUUCCGGAACAUUGCAGCAGACUUUGCUGAGCAGGCCUGAGGAAGAUGCUAAUAGUAAUCAGAACUCCAUAACAUGUUCUAGAACUGACCAAAGUUCCUGAACAUCGGAGUAGACUUUGCUGAAGAGCCAUGAGAGGACACACUAGCGAUUACUCACCAACUUGUUCUUGAACUGAAACCGAUAUGAAAAAUCUUGAAGGUGCCGGAGGGUUCAGUCAAAUGUUCUGGAACAUAAGAUUAGAUCAUGGUAACUGAGUACACCCCCCUUUUGUCUGUUCCUGUUUUUGAACUGGCUCUCCAGCUUUUGUAUAAAAUACUGCAUUACAACCUCUCAG